AUGGCCAAGAUUUUCGCCCCUGCUGCGGCUCUGCUGCUCCCCGCCGUUCUGGUAGCGGCGGCUCCCGCUUCCAACUCCUCCGGCGCUGGCUGCACUGUUAGCAAGUUCGAAGACAUCGCGACGGCCGUCUCAUCAUGCACCGAAAUCACGCUAUCUAAUAUUGCUGCCCCGGCGGCCAGCCCGAUCGACCUCCAGAAGCUCAAGCAGGGCGCCAAGGUUACCUUCGACGGCACGACCACCUUCGCGACAACUGUCGACAGCAAAUUCGACCCCAUCAUCAUCUCCGGAUCUGACAUCACGAUCACUGGUUCUCCCGGUCAUGUUAUUGAGGGUAAUGGCGCGGCCUACUGGGACGGUCUGGGCUCCAACGGCGGUGGCGACAAGCCUAACCACUUCGUUGUUGUCAAGAAGACCACGAACGCCAAGAUCACCGACCUCAACAUCAAGAACUGGCCUGUCCACUGCUUCUCCAUGACCGGCAACACGAACCUCACAAUCUCCGGCCUGAACCUCGACAACUCCGCCGGCGAUGCGCCCAACUCCAAGAGCGGCAGCAAGGCCGCGGCUCACAACAGCGACGGUUUCGAUAUCUCCUCAAGCGACUACGUGACCCUCGACAACAUCAAGGUCCACAACCAGGACGACUGCGUCGCCGUCACCAGCGGAACCCACGUCACCGUGAACAACAUGUACUGCUACGGCGGUCACGGUCUCAGCAUCGGCUCCAUCGGCGGCAAGAGCAACAACACCGUCGACAACGUCGUCUUCUCCAACUCGCAGAUCCUGAAGAGCUCCAACGGCUGCCGUAUCAAGUCCAACUCGAACACCACCGGCUCCGUCACCAACAUCACCUACAAGAACAUUACCCUCUCCGACAUUGACACCUACGGCAUCGACGUCCAGCAGGACUACCUCAACGGCGGCCCGACCGGCUCGCCUACCAACGGUGUCAAGAUUGCUGGCAUUCACUUCGUCGACGUUCAGGGUACUGCCACUGGCAGCGACGCUUACAACUACUACAUUCUCUGCGGUGAUGGCAGCUGCUCGGACAUCACCUUCGAGAACACCAAGAUCACCGGAGGUGGCAAGGGUGGCAGCUGCAACUUCCCUGCCAGCGGAUGCCCAGCAUAG